UGGCCAUAUUGUAUUUGAUUGUAUGGAUCUUGGUAUGGAUUAUGGAUUGUAUUGUGUGAUUUGUGAUUGUAUUGCUGAUUUUUCUAAAUCGGCAUACUCAUAUCGUAAUGAUCUGUUAAUAAUUUGGCUGAUAUAAAUGUAAAUAAAAGAUAGACACAUUAUACCUCUAAAAGCUUUAUUUACUUUUGAGAUAUUUCAGGUAUCAGAUAGGAACAAGACCAAAGAUAAGUGAGAAAUGGACGACCAAAGCCAAGACAUUGAAGAUCCUCAGGAGUCGUUAACAAUUAAUUUUAAACCGUCCUAUGUGAUAGUUGCCAUUGAUACACACUCGUCGAUGUUUAAAACAAGAGAAACGGAUGCAAGUGGUGAAACACAUUUUUUUAAAGAUGCUUUAACUGCCUGUUUUGAAAUUGCUGACUCGUUAUUGCUUGCAACUGGCAGUAACAGUUUCAACCAGUUUGGAGUUUUGUUGGCCGACGAGGACCACAAAGCAAGUUUAAUUGAGGUUGAAAGUAAUAUGUUGGACUCCAUAAAGUUCUUAAAAGAGGAAAGUGGUUUAUCCAAUGCUGAAUUAAAAACAAAAUAUGAAAGGCAAUCCAGUUUAGAUGUAGCAGCUUUUUUUCUAUUGUGCAAGAAAAAGUUUAAAAGUAUUAUCUCUGCUUAUUACAAGAGAACAAUAGUAUUUAUAACAAAUAAUGAUGACCCUGUGGAUGGAGAUGCACAAAGAAAGUUUACAGCUCUGAACGAAGCUAAAACGUUUGAGGGAAAUAGUAUUAAUUUUGAAAUAGUUUCAAUGAUAAAUGAUUUUGAUUAUACCAAGUUUUACAAUGAAUUGUUCCAUUUAUAUUCUGAACCGCCCACAACUGAUGUAAUAUGCCAGGACAAACACGGCAUAGUUGAAAAGUUACUCCCCUUAAUUGUUUUUCGAUAUACCAAACUGAGGACUAGAUUCUAUCCAUUUGAGAAUGAUUAUGGCAGACACUUAAACGUGAUGAAGAUGAAUUUUAUUCGAAAAGCCAGAUUACUCAACAAUCAAAAAGCAUCCGUUGAUGGAAGGAUGCUAAAAACUGUUCAUGUGCUGCGCGAACUUGGAAGCAAUAAGCCUAAUCCUUUUAAAUAUCGGUUGAGAUUGGGAGUGGGAGAAGAGCCUUUGCGUUUUAAUGAAAAAGAUAGAUAUGAUAUUGAGGGAAAUGAUUUACCUCUAGGAUUUCAUUUCCAGUACGUUUCCGAUAGACAGUCAGAAGCAGGGGUUGUGGUGAACAAGACCUCCAUCCUGGCGUAUGAUCCCAAAGAGGAUUUGGAAUUUUUUCAGCACUUUUGGCAGUACUGUUUUGAUAGAAAUCAGGUCAUGGUUUGCAUAAAGAAGUAUCGCAAUCCUGCUCCCAUAAGAUAUGUGGAACUGAUACCAAAAUUUGCCAACAAUCAGAGACUGUUUCUGAUCAAAAACAUACCGUUCGCUGGUCAAUGUCACCCCCCUAAAGCGGUAGUACUGAAUCCUUUGCCCGAUUUUGAGGUCAGUGUAGAGAAAAAGGACAUGGUCCGGUUGCUGAUAAAAGGCCUUUCGUUCGAUUACAGUCCAAAAACUUUCACAAACCUCAGCUAUGCAAAGAAGAAAGCGUACGUGAAAUCUAAGUUGUUGGACGAGCCGUUGGAAGAGGUGGAAGACGUGUUUGGAAACGCGGCUCAGUCUAUAGACAAAGAAAUAGGAGAAGUGGCAAAUCGCAUCAAAACGUUGUUUAAUCUGCCCGAUUCUCUGCCAAGAGGUAGAAAGCGAAAAGCUCCCAGCGCCUUAUCCAAGGGUAAAAGAACCGCCAAAUAAACAAGUUUAAACUAUUAUCUGCAUUAUAAGUUCUAAUUAUGUUAUAUAUUGUUAAAAUAGAAUGUAUUUGUUGAUUUUCUGUCAUAUUUGCCUCUAAUUAAAGUUUUUUGGAUCAAA